AUGGCCUUUCUGGGACCAUUGCGUCCCCUUUUGGCGGCCUCUCCAGGCCCAGCUUUUCUUCCCAGUUGCUUCUAUAGGCCCAACUCCUGCCUCACAGCAACCUCUUUGGACUCAGCUCCUGCCCAGCUCCUGGCAGCCUUUGUAGGACCAAAACUUCCUCAAGCCAAGCUCUCCAGGCCCAGCUCAGACCUCACGGUGGCCUCUCCAGGAAGCUCAGCUCCAACCCUCCAAUGGAGUCUCCAGACCCCCAAACUUCCUCCAGGCGACUCCUCUAGGCCCAGCUUAGGCCUCCUCGUGGACUCUGUAGGACCCCACAUCAUCCUGAAGUUGGCCUCUCCAGGCCCAGCUCUGGCCUUCCAGUGGACUCUCCAGGUGCAACAAGGGGCCUUAAGUGGGCCCCUCCAGGGCCAGCUCCUGUCUCUAGCCCGACUCCCACCUCACAACAAGCAACCUCUGUGUGCUCAGCUCCUGCCUGCCUCCUGGCAGCCUUUGUCGACACAAACCAUUCUCCAGCCAGAGCUCUGUAGGCCCACCUUCUGCCUACCAGUGGCCUGCACAGAUGCAGCUCUAUCUGGAGAACAGCCUCUGCGGGCCCCGCACUUACCUCCCAGGGGCAUCUCCAGGCCCACCUCUCACCUCAUGGUGGCUUCCCGGGGCCAGAUUCCUGCCUGUCUGCCUCCCAGCAGCCUCGACAUGCCCAGCUUCUCCCACACCGUGGCCUGUUUCGGCCCAACUCAUGCCUCUCGCGGCCCGCCCAGAGGUGUGAGCUCCUGCCUCACACUGGCCUCUCUCGGCCGAGUUUCUCCCUCACGCCGGCCCAUUGUGGCCCAGCUCAUGCCUCUCGUGGCCUCUCUAGGGCCAGCCCCUGCCUGUGAGUGGCCUCUCCAAGCCCAGCCUCUACCUCACAGUGGGACCUCUCUGGGCCCACCUCUUGCCUCGCCAUGGCCCAUGCAAGCCAAGCUCCUGCCCUUUGGCGGCCUCUGUAGGCCCAGCUUCUGCCUCCCAGUGGCCUCCAUAGGCCAAGCUCAUGCCUCGAUGGUGGCCUUUCCAGGCCUCGAAUUUCCUGCUUUGCAUCAUCUCCAGGCCCUGCACUUCCUCCAGUUGGCCUCUCCAGGACCAACUCUUCCUCCUGGCGGCCUCUGCAGGUCCAAGUUGCCCUCAAGUUGGCCUCUCCGGGCCCGGCUCUUCCUCCUGGCGACUUCUGCAGGCCCAGGUUGCCCUCAAGUUGGCCUCCCCCUGCCUAGCUCUCGCCUCUCGGCAGCCUCUCCAGGCCCAGAGCGUGACCUCCAGUCGGCCUCUCCGGGUCCAGCCCCCUGCCUCCAUAAGGCCAUUAUACAGGCCCAGCCUCUGCCACACAGUGGACUCUCGGAUGCCCAGGCUUCAGCCUCACUGCAGCCUCUCCAGUGUGAGGUUCCUGCCUUCCGGCAGCUUCAACAGGCCCCGCUUAUGCCUCCCAAUGGCCUCCUAAGGCUCAGCUCACCCCUCCCAGCGGCCUUUACAGGCCCAGGUUGUCCCCUUUUGGUGGCCUGUCCAGGCCCAGCACUUCAUCCUGACUGUGUAUACAGGCCCAGCUCCUGCCUCACAGCAACCUGUUUGGACUCAGCUCCUGCACACCUCCUGGCAGCCUUUGUAGGCCCAAAACUUCCUCAAGCCAAGCUCUCCAGGCCCAGCUCAGGCCUCAUGGUGGCCUCUCAAGGAGGCUCAGCUCCUGCCCACAUCGUCCUGAAGUCGGCCUCUCCAGGCCCAGUUUCAGCCUCCCGGCAGCCUCUCCAGGCCCGGCUCUCACCUCACAGUGGUUUCCUGGGGCCAUGUACCUGUCUGCCUGCCUUCCAGCAGCCCCAAGAGGCCCAGUUCCUCCCGCAGCGUGGCCUGUUUCGGCCCAACUCAUGCCUCUUGGGACCCGCCCAGAGGUGUGAGCUCCUACCUAACACUGGCCUCUAUCGGCCAAGGUCCUCCCUCACACCGGCCCACUGGGGCCCAGUUCAUGCCUCUCGUGGCCUCUCCAGGCCCAACCCCUGCCUGUGGGCAGCCCCUCUGGGCCGGGCCUCUACCUCACAGUGGGCCUUCCCCGGGACCACCUCUUGCCUCCCUGUGGCCCCCUCGGGCCAUGCUCCUGCCCUUUGGCAGCCUCUGCAGGCCCAGAUCCUGCCUCACAGUGGCCUCCGUAGGCCAAGUUCAUGCCUCGAUGGCAGCCUUUCCAGGCCUAGCGUUUGCUGCUUUGCAUCCUCUCCAGGCCCUGCAUUUCCUCCAAUUGGCCUCUCCGGGCUUGGCUCUUCCUCCUGGCUGCCUCUGCACUCCAAAGUUGCACUGAAGUCGGCCUUUCCGGUGUCAGCUCCUGCCUCCCAGUGGCCUCUGCAGGCCCAAGUCAUCCUCAAGACGGCCACACACGGCCCAGCUCUUGCCACUCUGCAGCCUUUCCAGGUGCACAACUACCUCCUUAACCUCUUUGGACUCAGCUCCCACCCAGCUCCUGGCAGCCUUUGUAGGCUAAAAACUUCCUCAAGACAAGCUCUCCAGGCCCACCUUCUGCCUCCCGGUGGCCUGCACAGAUCCAGCUCCGGCUGGAGAACAGCCUCUGCGGGCCCCGCGCUUGCCUCCCAGGGGCCUCUCCAGGCCCAGCUCUUGCCCCACAGCUGCUUCCCGGGGCCAGGUUCCUGCCUACCUGUCUCCCGGCAGCCUUAUCAUGUCCAUCUCCUCCUGCACCAUGUCCUGUUUCGGCCCAUGUCAUGCCUCUCGCAGCCCGCCCAGAGGUGUGAGGUCCUGCCUCACACUGGCCUCUCUGGGCCGACGUCCUCCCUCACGCUGGCCUGCUGGGGCCCAGCUCAUGCUUUUCGUGGACUCUCAAGGCCCAGGCCCUGCCUGUGGGCGGCAUCUCCAUUCCCAGCCUCUACCUCACAAUGGGCCCUCUCCGGGCCCGCCUCUUGCCUCACCAUGGCCCCCUCCAGCCAAGCUUCUGCCCUUCAGCAGGCUCUGCAGGCCCAGCUCCUGCCUCCCAGUGGCCUCAUAGGCCAAGCUCAUGCCUCGACGGCGGCCUUUCCAGGCCUAGCGAUUCCUGCUUUGCAUCCUCUCCAGGCCCAGCAUUUCCUCCAGUUGGGCUCUCCAGGCCCGGCUCUUCCUCCCAGCAGCCUCUGCAGGCCCAGGUUGCCCUCAAGUCGGCCUCUCCAGUGCCAGCUCCUGCCUCCCCGAUUCCUCUGCAGGCCCAAGUCAUACUCAAGUCGGCCUCACCCUUCCCAGCUCUUGCCUCUCGGCGGCCUCUCCAAGCCCAGAAACUCCUCAAGUUGUCCUCUCCAGACCCUGCUGCAGCCUCCUGGUGUCCACUCCAGGCCCAGCUCUUCAUCCCGGCUGUGUCUACAGGCCCUGCACUUCCUCCAGUUGGCCUCUCCAGGCCCAGCUCUUCCUCCUGGCGGCCUCUGCAGGCCCAAGUUGCCCUCAAGUUGGCCUCACCCCGGCCCAGCUCUCACCUCUUGGUGGCCUCUAAAGGCGCACAACUUCCUCCGGUCAGCCUCUCCAGGCCCAGUUCCUCAGGCCUCCCAGUGGCCUCUUUAG